AUGCUUGGCAAGCCAGCUGCGCCAGCCAAGGUGCCGACCGAUUUGGUCAUCCCUUUUCGCUUUUUUGAUGAUACGCCACUCUGGAAAGCUUUCAUCUUAUAUUCCAUGUUUGCCUUUGACGAUCUAUUGGACCUUGAGAAGCUACAAAGAAGCCUUGAAGCCUUGGUCAAACGCGACGGCUGGCAUAAGCUAGGAGCGCGCUUGCGGAGAAACCAUAAAGGAAACCUCGAAUACCAUAUGCCAGUCGAAUUUACUGAACAGCGGCCAGGCCUUACAUACACCCACGUUGACUAUGCUAUUAAUGCUGCAGAUCAUCCACUUGCGUCGAAACUACCCAAAGCGAGCUCACAGCCAGCUAUCGUAUGCGAUCCUGAUGAGUUCCAAGAUUUGAUUCGUAGGGAGGGUAGUCCAAAGAGUAUGGACGAUUAUCUAAAUCGGGAUAUUCCCCAACUGGGACUUUAUAUCGUGACGUUCAAAGACAAAACACUUGUCAAUCUAUACUGGCCGCAUACGCUUAUGGAUGCUAUGGGAAAGAAGUCACUUCUCAACGCCUGGACGUUGAUACUUCAGGGCCGAGACGACGAGGUUGUUCCUCCGCAUGGUGACGGUGGCGACCCAUUGGUAGAUCUCGGCAGAAAUCCUACAGAGCCACAUGGCUUAGCUAGCCGACGGCUAUCGAUGCUCGGUUUGGUGAAGUACGGAAUUAGGAAUAUUGGUGACUUUUUCCACACACAAGAGAACCGCAUGGUUUGCAUUCCAGGUUCAUUCAUCGCAAGCCUUCGGGCAAAAGCCAUAGAAGAGCUUGCGAGUACCGGGGUAGAUCAGCCCUUUCUCACCGAAGGAGAUGUAAUUUGUGCGCUCUGGACACGCGUGGCCAUUUCCCAUCUACCGCACGAGUCGCAAAAAUUAGUUGUGCUGAACAAUGCUUACUCCUUGAGGACAGCUUUGGAAGCAGACUUGCUUCCCAAAGGCGCACCUUACGUGUCGAACGCCAUUGGCUUCGUUCAUGUCCUGUUAAAUACGCAAGAGAUCUUUAAAAAGCCUCUAAGUUAUGUCGCAUUUGCUAUUCGGAGCGCAAUUCGGCAGCUUGGCACGCGUGCGCAGGUUGAAGCCUUUGCGUCUCUGUGGCGUGAGUCCAGUGCAAAACUUCCACCACUCUUCGGCAGCUCUAGAAUGCACAUGAUUACAUACUCAAACUGGAGUAAAGCACGACUUUACGAAUUGGACUUCUCAACGGCGAUUGUUAGGCCAUGA